ACACAUGCACCAAAUUAUUUUUCACAUGCACCAAAUCAUUUUUCUUUCCCUCGUUCUUAUCGUUUAUGAGAGAGAGAGAGAGAGACGAAACCGAAGGAGCAGCAGCAGCAGCAGCGGCGGCGGCGGCACCACCCACUGAUCAUCUCUCUCCGAUCUGUACGGAACCCACCCAAAGAACAGUGAAGAGAGAUGUCUACUUCAGACGAAGAAAUCACGAAGCUAUACAGAAUUCGGCAAACAGUGAUGCGAAUGCUGUGCGACAGGGGAUAUUUAGUGGGAGAUUUCGAGUUGGAGAUGACAAAACAUCAGUUCAUUCAGAAAUAUGGUGAAAACAUGAAAAGGGAAGACCUUGUUAUCAAUAAAGCCAAGCGCAAUGACAGCUCUGACCAGAUUUAUGUUUUCUUUCCAGAGGAGCCGAAGGUUGGUGUCAAAACAAUGAAGACUUAUACUAAUCGUAUGAAAUCAGAGAACGUUUUCAGAGCAAUCUUGGUUGUUCAACAAAACCUAACUCCCUUUGCUAGGGCAUGCAUAAGCGAAAUAUCUGCAAAAUUCCAUUUGGAGGUUUUCCAGGAGCCAGAGUUGUUGGUCAACAUCAAAGAACAUGUUCUUGUUCCUGAACACCAGCUCCUUACAAAUGAGGAAAAGAAGACUUUGCUGGAUAGGUAUACGGUCAAAGAAACACAGCUACCUCGAAUUCAGGUGACAGAUCCAGUUGCUAGAUACUAUGGGCUGAAGCGAGGGCAAGUUGUAAAAAUCAUUCGACCAAGUGAGACUGCAGGCCGUUACGUAACAUACCGUUAUGUUGUCUAGAUUUUCUCAAUCAACCUAGGUUAUGUAGUGGAGUGGACUUCUAAAAACCUUGUUCUAGUUUUGUUUUUUUGGAACUAGAAAACGUUGUUCUAGUUUAAAGCACAUCCUUCUUGUGUUGCAACUAGAGGCCAAGUUGAAGGGAAACACUUCCGAAUAUCGAAUCUUGAAACUUGCUCUGAGGACAUCUAUGAACACUUCAGUUUUGCACUUUUGUAAACAUUGUAGUUGUUUCUAAUCUCUAGUAGUAAUCAACUUAUACA